AUGAGACAUCGGACACUUAUUCAGUCCAAAGUGAAAGAGAUUGACACCGAUGUCAAGGGCCAGAAGGUGCUCAACUUCAAGGGAAUAGGGCAUGGCCCAGCCAAUCAAAACAAGGCUGCUGUGGAAAGCAACACAAGGGAUGUGUUCAAGGCAAGCCAUGAGCGCCAAAAUGAGAUCUCAGAGGAUGCUCACAAGAUGGACGCGACUGCUCACUCUGCUCAGAACAAGUACGCAGACAGUUCUCACUCUGCCGCUGCAGCAGCUGGCUUCCCUCUGAAGCCCCAAGCCCGCUGCGAACGCCUCUCUGAGGACAGGUACAGGGACACUGGGGACAUGAUAGAGAAGGCAGCCAAGCAGCCUGCACAUCCGUCCAGACCUGAUGAUGAGGAGCACUGCGUCUCCAGGGCGUCAGGGAUAUACACCUCCAAUCAAGACUCUGCAAAUGAGUACGGCCGCGCGGCAACCCAAAAAGUUGAGUCAGCCUACAGGAAGGGAAUAGAUGCGCUGGACCAGGGGCUGCAGGCAAUGAAGGACAUGGCCAGCACUGCAAAGGCGACUGAUGAGUACACCGGGCCCAAUUCCAAGGAGUUUCCACACACCGUGCCCGCGAACAACAGGCAAAAUCAUGCAGCAGCAAUGAUUCGGAGGGUGCGUGGUCGACCGGAGGGUCAACAUUCAGGGUGCAUCCCCGCGGCAGGGGUGCCACUGAGCAGACAUCGAGCGGAGGUGGUAGCACACAGAGGGGAGCGCGAUUUGACCAGCUAUUAG